GAAUUCACAUUUCAGGUCCAUCUUCGUUUCGUACCAUUACCAACAUGUCUACACCAGCGAAGAUAGGUGGUGAAUAUGGCCCAGUUCGUGCAAAUAUCGAUAUCGAGAAGCUCAACGCGUAUCUCGCUGGCCAUGUGAAGGCGGUGCACGCGCCUGUUGACGUGAAGCAGUUCAAGUUUGGGCAGUCGAAUCCCACGUAUUUCCUGACGGAUGCGAAUUCAAAGCGCUUCGUGCUUAGGAAGAAGCCCGCUGGAAAGCUCGUCUCGACGACCGCUCAUCAAAUUGAGCGAGAGUACACGAUUCUGCGCGCGCUUCACCAGCACAAUACGAACGUGACCACUCCGCCCGAACAGAGGGUGCCCAUCCCCGAGCCGAUCGUGCUCUGCGAGGACAAUACCGUGAUUGGCACGCCGUUCUACAUCAUGGAAUUCCUGGACGGGCGCAUCUUCACCGACGUGCACAUGCCCGAGGUGUCCCCGGAGACCAGAAGGGAGUGCUGGUUAUCUGCGGUUCGCUCUCUGGCUGCUCUGUCCUCCCUCUCCCCCGCAGCACUUGGACUCUCAAGCUUUGGUCCCUCCACGGCGUACUUCCCGCGGCAGAUCAAGUCUCUCACUCGCGUUUCCCGCGCACAAGCGGAGGUCAACGACGUUGAUACCCAGAAGCCGACAGGCGACAUACCCAGAUUCAGCCAGCUGAUCGCGUGGUAUCAGAAGAACCUGCCCGACGAGAGCAAGACGGGUCUGCGCAUCGUACAUGGAGACUACAAGCUCGAUAACCUUAUCUUCCACCCCACCGAGAACCGAGUUAUCGGCAUUCUUGAUUGGGAGCUGUGCACUCUCGGUAGUCCGUUGGCUGAUCUCGCGAACCUAACACUACCGUGGGCGUUAGAUGUCAACAUGGUGCCCAGAGAUACUGCGCUUGUCGGUUUCAAAAACACAACCGAGAACGUCCCAAUCACACUAGAGGAUCUCGAGCGUGAAUACUGCCGGCUCACAAAGCAGUCUUACCCAAUCAAGGAGAUGACCUUCGCUCGCAGUUGGAUGUUGUUCCGCCUGGCCGUGAUCGCGCAAGGGAUCGCAGCUCGUUACGCGCGGAGACAAGCCAGCUCGGAAAAGGCCUUCAUGUACAGCGACGUCUUCCUUCUUAUUGGAGAACUCGCUUGGAUUGCCACGAAAGACGCUGACGGUGGUGCUGUUAGAGGAAGACGCGCGAAACUCUGACGGCAUCCCUCAUGCUAUCACUUUCUUUGCUUUCCGAUUAUGCAAAUCAUGUGGGACGUCCAUACUGUUCUCACCUUAUUUUCUAGUAUACGGGUGCAGCAUUAAACUAAAUCGUCCGUUUCUUGAGCUCCGGCGGCGAUACAAGUGAAAU